AUGGACACAGAGAAACAGCACGCCGACGCCAUGGACCAUAACUCCAACACCCCGUCUGACGAGGCGAUAAAAAAUGGCCAGGGAGCCGUACAGGGCGCACAAGAGCCUUGGGCUUCGGUGCCCAAACGCAAGCCAGUUCCGUUGGCGAAAGGGCCGAGGACCGAGUCUGCUGCAGUCAAUGCUGGAACAGCAGUUGCCAGACCGAGCGCAGAUGCGCCCAAGCGAGUGUGGCCGUUCGGCCUCGGUGGAUUUAGUUUCAGGGCACAGAGACGAUCGCGCAAGUUCCUGAUCAUCGGCGUAGUCGCUGCCGUACUACUGAUCGCCCUGAUCAUCGGCCUGGCAGUUGGUUUGACCGUGGGAAAAAAGAAAGCCUCAAAUCUCCCGCUUCCAACCUCCAACGGCGGCCCUUACGAAGGAGAUCUAACCUACUACAACCCGGGCCUGGGAGCGUGCGGCUACACAAACUCAGGAUCAGACAUGGUCUGCGCCGUCUCCCAUAUCCUCUUUGAUGCAGCUUCAACGGGCUCAGACCCAAAUGACAACCCGCUCUGCGGAAUGAAGUUGAGGCUUCGCCGCAAUGGGAAAAGCGUGGAUGUCAAGGUCGUGGACCGGUGCGUGGGCUGCGCAGUGACAGACCUCGAUGUCACCGAGGCGGUCUUUGAAGAGGUGGCUGAGCUCGCCCAGGGCCGAGUCAAGGUGGAAUGGGCUUGGCUGGAGAAGUCGCCCGUCAGUGCCUCUUGA